AUGUUGGCUUUCAACUUUGGCUCCUCGCGUGGCGAGCUCGGCUUUGGCAGCUGGAUAAAAUCGCACGUUGAAACCAUCUCUGGCUCCAACCUCCUGAUCGGCAACAGGCGAGCAACCUUAAUGACUACAACCCGUCGCAGACCGUGCAUCGAUGUCCGUGGCUGCGCGCCCAUGUUGACGCUUUGUAUGCCAUACUCUGAGGUGGAAGAAUUUGAGGCCAACUUCCACCAGGAAGCUUUGAAAGGGCUGGGACUAUGUGCUCACAACAAAUAUCCAUUUGUUGCUCUGCCGAAAACUCGAAUCGCAAAGAUUGCCGCAAUCGGACUAGAACCUGUUGACGCAUGGACUUCUCCAUUCGGCAUGUUCGAAUCGACGUACGAUCGGAGGCUCGAUAGCCACAACGAAGACCACGAAUUCAUAUUGGACGCGGCGUGGACCGUUUGCGGCUUGCAUCCACUGAACGUCUCUACCAGUAUCUUCGUACGAACAUGCUUGCCGAGUCCUCUGGUGCCCGAGAGCCAUGAGGCAACCAAGUGCAUACGAAUGGCACUCGCUUCAAGAGCACUUCGUAACCGCCGUGAAGCUGGUCGUCCCUCACUCGGGCUGGCACAAGUUCUACCCACGCAGCCGGAAAAGCGUGGAUGCUUCUACCUCCUACGAAGCUGGCACUUUCCACCUCACCUGGUCCUCUCCUCCUCGGUAACGUGGCGAACAACAUAUCAAAACGGCACUGAGAUGCAUGAAGUACCAAGGCAGAGGCGGAUGACGCAAGGAGAUGCUAAAUUCGGCACUUUGCACUGAGCUGAGUGCUGGUCUACCGUCUAUUGACCUAUGUCUCAAUGUACACACACACACCUAUGUACCUCGAGAACUGUGACCCGGAUCAUGAAGUGUUUUGGACUCGUGCAGUGGCAGAUACUCGCUGAGUUGUCUGAUCGCGGAAAGUCACGGAACACAUCCCAGGCAACCAGGAUGAUGUCGGAGCUCGUAACCUCCAGUGCCAAGACUCACAAAGCGACAGCUGUGAUACUCUACACCUCAGGUCGUAAGACAAUUGGUGACUUGGGGCAGAGUAUACCAUCAUCGAAGAAUUCUCAAUUGACGGAACGUCCGCACAACUAUGCAUCCGCAAGUCCCGAGGCUGAAUAGUCCCGCAAUUUGGGAUGCAUCCUAGAGGGUGGCAUGAAACCGGGUAAUGUCAGGAGCGUGUUC